UCACCAUUGUCACAAUCAUCUUCCUUCCCCUCUCCUUUAUCGCCGCCCUGUUCACCAUCAACAUCCAAGAAUUCCCCCACUCGCCUGGCAGCAACGAGCCCUCACUCCCCUUUUCCUAUGUCGGCAAAUACAUGUUCGGCAUCGGCCUCGCAAUCUCCAUCCCCUUCAUAG